UAUAUACAACAUAUCAAUCUCAGACAGAGUAUAAACAACAUAUCAACCUCAGACUGGGUCUGUACAACAUAUCAACCUCAGACAGGGUAUAUAUACAACAUAUCAAUCUCAGACUGGUUUUAUACAGCAAAUCCACCUCAGACCGAAUUUAUAGACAGUUGUACCGCUGACAGGUUUUAUUCUUUCCAUGACUCUUGUAACCCGUAUCGAAGGAUAUGACCCGUUAUCGUACACACAAUGUAUUUGUUAUGCAGUAUUUCACAGCUGUAAUCGUACAGGCACACAACCAUACAGGUGUGCUCACAACGCUUCUUCCUUAUACCUGUCAUGGCGGGUAGUUAUCAGGUCACAGUAAUUGUAUUACCUUUCCUCACAGGAACCGUUCUUGGAUCAACAUGUGGCAUUCACUGUUACUUUUGUAAACCGAACGGGUCGUGCACACACUGCAACAGUGGCUGGUAUGGAUCUGGAUGCACCACCCCGUGUCCACAAACCUGUCCCGGGAGCUGUCACAAAACCACAGGAUUCUGCAAGUCCUGUCUAGAAGGAACGUACGGAAACUUUUGUCAAGGGAAAUGUUCUCCGAACUGUAAUGGCGGCAGAUUGUGCAAUCGUUGGGAUGGAGACUGUUCACAGGGAUGUCAGAAAGGUUUCCAUGGUAGUAGAUGCACUGUGAUAUGUGGACACUGUGUAGAUGGAGCUUGUGAGAGACUUUCAGGUAGCUGUAUUGCCGGGUGUACGGACGGAUGGACAGGACAGACAUGCAGUGAAGCGUGCAGGGCUGGAUGUAUCAAAUGUACAACUCCCAAUGCUUGUGUGCUGUGUGACGGAGACCUCCAAGGGCCAUUUUGUAAUGUAACAAAGACGAUGACUAUCUUUCCACCGUCUCCACCAGCCAAAAAACCACCCUUUGAAUGAUUCAGACAUUGCUCAAACUGAUGUGGAGUCUCGAGCAGCUGUUGGCAUUUCCUUGGGAAUAAUAUUCUCAGUUCUCAUUGUCCUCCUCAUUGUAUGCGUAUUUCUAUACACGGACGGAAUUAAAAAAAUCCGUCGAGUGUUUGAUCCGGCACAUAAGACAAAUCGCAACCCCCAUCAGGAACCUCUGUAUCACCACGAUGAAUUAGGUAGUCCAACUAUCAGCAGAAGUCAUCUGAAACUAAAUGAACAUACAGAAAGAAAAUAGAGUGAAGGGCAUUUCUUGAGGAGAUAAUAUGGACCAUUUGAGAUAAACAACGAAAGGCUCGACCACGAAGACGGACCUCAAAACACCUGGUGUCAUCAUUGAUUUCAACAAACUAUUGUUUUUUUUACACCAAAUGGAAUAUGUUUCAGCAGUUAAUUACCCCAUGGGGUUGAUGUUUCAUGUUUCCUUCAAGAGAUUCUGUUGUACAAUGACAACGUGGAAAAUUCUAGGCAUGCAAGGGGAAUAUUACGGUCGAGAAACCCUUUCCGCUGCUUGCCCUACCAACUGCUUCAACUGUGACGACAAGGAUUCAUGCAUCAAUUGCAACAGUGGCUGGUACGGCGAGGACUGUUCAUUGCAAUGUCGGAAAGAUUGUCCCGGAGGUUGUGACAAAGAGGAUGGACAUUGCACAUGUCAAGAGGGAAAAUAUGGCGACUAUUGUACAGACGAAUGUCCUUCUAAUUGUAAAGGUAUUCAAUGUAAUAUUCAAAAUGGACAUUGUGAACAUGGCUGUAAGGCUGGUUUCCAUGGAGACUUCUGCAACCAUCCCUGUGGUAACUGCAGCUCUGGGGUCUGCUCGCAGGAGACCGGUUUCUGUGACGACUGUCUGUGCGGGUGGAGGGGGAUCAGGUGCAAUAUAUCAUGCGACCAAGACUCUACUUCCUGUAAAGUGUGUGGAGGCGAUGGCGUGAAGAUGCCAUCGACAACGAUGGUGUCGACAACGUCUGAGGUGUGGAGUACUACUGAUGUGAAAACACCAACAUCCACUUUUCUAGAGUUAACAAGGACGUCCGGAUAUGAUUCGGUUGCUGCCAUUUCAAUAGGAACCUUUCUUUUAGUGGUGCUUUUACUAGCGUUUACAGGAUGCUCCGUUGCAUAUUGGAAACAUUGGUUUUGCUUUCAGAAGAAGAGAAAGCCGGCGUCCGCAGAGGAACCAAUGUAUCAUUCAGAUCCUUUUGGCAGUCCAACAAUCUCCAGAAGUCACUUCAAUUUGAACAAGCAAGGUCACACGACAAUGGAAGAAGAGGAUGAAUAGUAGAGCAUGCUAGGAGGACUAGUGUGAUGAGUAGGAAGAUGGGGAUGUAUCUUGAAGAUUUAUCUGUGGAGAGUGCUCAACCCCAACCCUUCAUAGUUGUUAAUAUGUAUUAAGGAACCAAGAAAAACAUAAUGAAAGACUAACUCCAGUUAUAA